GCCCCUCCACGCCUCCCUUCCAGUUCUGCACUCCGCCCCGAUCGACGCCUUUCCCCUUUUAAAGAAGCGCCAGGGCUCCCACCCUCGCCGAGCGAGCCCGCGCGGUGCGGCGGCGGCGUAGCCCUUUUAAGGACCAGCCUCCUUUAACUCUCUCGUAACGGGGCGUCCCGGCGGGGCUCGCGGCGCCCGACUGAAGCCCGCCUCCCUGCGCGGCACUUCCGGACCCUGGCGUCGCCCUUUUAAGAGGCAGCCCCCAGCAGCGCUCUCCCCCGCCCCUUGUUGCCGGCGCGCGAGGCGGGGGAGCCCGGCUGGAGCGGAGCGCGCUGUCCGCGCGGCCACUGGAGACCGGGCGGCCGGCGGCCGGGCAGGCGGCGGCAGCGGAUGGGGACGCGGAGCCGGGCGGCUGUGGCUGUGGCGGCGGCUGGGAAGCAGCUGACGGGCCGGCGGCGGCGGCGGCGCUGGCGGCGGUGACUGGUCCAGGCCCCGGCGGCGGCUGCAGCGACGCGGUGGCGGGCUGCGAGCAGGCGGCGUGAGGAACGGCGGCGGAGCGCGAAGCGGCCGGGAACCGAGGGCGCCGGGCCGCCCCUUGCUCAGUCCUCGCUGGCCGUCAGGCCCCCUAAAGCCGGGGCCGUGGAGCACCGGGGCAAAGGCCGGGGCCCCCCAAUGAAGGAGCGCGACGCGGCUCCGGCCGAGCGGGGCAAGCCGGCCACCUACACCGGGGACAAGAAGGCGAAGAUGGCGGCCAAGACCAACAAGAAGUGGGUCCGGCUCGCCACCGUGUUCGCCUACGUGCUCUCCGUGUCGCUGGCCGCCAUCGUGCUCGCCGUCUACUACAGCCUCAUCUGGCAGCCGGUGGGCGCCGGGACCUCGGGGGGAGCCGCCGGCCCGCACCCCGGCGGCUCCAACGCCACUGGCCCGUCCGGGACUUCGGGGGCGACUGCAGCGGGGCCCAAUGCCACCGGGUCGUCCAGCCGCGAGGCGCCGCGCGACGCGCCCCCGCUGCAGGCGGCGCGGGCCAUGCCUCCCGAGCCCUCUGCCGACAACCCCCUGGCCGGGCCUCUGGAGCGGCCGCAGGGUCCCGAGGAGGACGACGAGGAAGCGGCGGCGGCGCCCGGGAGCCGUUGAACCCCACCACGCCAGAGGAGGCCGGGAACCAUCCUCCUCAAGCCCGGAGGCUGGACUUUGCAGCAGGACGCGGCGGGGAGCCCGCGGGAGUGACCCUCACGGAAGUGAACGCCCCCUUUCCCCCCAGACGAUCGCCGGCUCGCCCCAGGGGCGAGUAACCUGAAGCCCGAUCUUCAGCCAAGGGACCACGAUUCGCCAGGAACUCGGGGUUUGGUCUUCCCAAGAUCGUGCUGCGGCGCCAGGGCCUUGAGCCAUAAGGGGGGUGGGGGGGAGGGGUGGGGAGGUCCCAGCGCGGAACCCUUCUGCGCGGCUCGGCUCACCCUUGUGUAUCCUACGUGCAGGGGUAACUCGGGCUUAACCCCCAAGACUCAGGGGAAGGAGGGAGCUGUAGGGGCUUUUAAAUAAGCUGAAGCUCUCGAAAGGACGAGGGCACCAAAAGUAGUGGAGCUCAGGUACGUCAAUCUAGUUGCAGUGGCCACAAAUGCAUUUAAUUUAUAGUUCCCUGUAUAUAGUUGUUGACAUAUGCACUAGAAGCUAUAAUUACAUAGAACUAUAUAUAUCCUCCCACACCCUAGGUAGCUACUGACUGAUGGGGUCAAGCAAGGGCUAUUUGCUGGCCCCCAAAGUGCAGCUAGCAAGAGGGCACAAACACUUUUUUCCAUCACCCCCCUCUUUCCCCUAUUCCCUGUCCUGUUUCAAAAAGGUAGGUUUAUGACACAAAAGAGUAUAAUCAUUCUUAGACUUAUUGAAAGGACAAUGGAAACCCUUAGAAGAAAGUAGAAGCAGUUUAGAAAGGGUGCGGUGUGUGCUGAUCCCCUCCUCUUCCCACCCUAGUGCCCCCACCCAAGAGGUUUCCUGUUGUAGCUAAGACUCUGGAUAUGGGCCAGGGAAGAAGGAAGGGAAAGAGCAAUGCCUCUGCUUCAAUCCUUGACCUUCUCCUCACAGUUCUAUAGAAAGAGCAAGCUUUUGUAGGUAGAGUGACUCACAAUUGUUUUAUCUUUUUUUUUUUUCCUGCUCAAGAUUUUGUCUUGUUCCAGUAAUCACCCUAACUUGCUCUCGUUCCUGAACCUGCAGUGACAUUGUAGCCCUGCGAUUAGGAUCAAACCAGAGUUGUGAGCACAUCCUCUGGGUUUGAGUUGUAUUAUAGAGCAGUAAAGGCUAAAAGGUUCAAACUCAGGAUUGUGCUUUGAUAGCCAGUUAAGAGACCAGCCUGGGGAACGUUCAAUUGGCUUGUCUUUACCUCUCUUGAUAAACACUACUUAUAUGCAGCCUAUACUUUUAUUGAGAUGAGUAACAUCAAGGGAAAUGACAUACGUAUAGCUAGCUCUGGGGCAGCAAGAAUUAUACGCCCUCAAUUCAGAUUCCAUUUCCUUCUGCCACUUGCUUUUCGGCAAUUGACUGUGGGUCGUGACAAGAUAUCAAACCCCUUAGUGUUUCCUUUUUGGGAAAUGAGGCACUUUUUUUUUAAAACGACAAAAAUGUAUCCACCUGAGUCCUGAAACAGUUGUCUCUCCAGUUUUCUGGCCUGCACUCUAGUUAGCUUGGAUCCAAGUUUAUAGGGCAAACAGCCUUGCUUUAAGCCAUGUCCUGUCAUGGGCAAGAUAGCAGCUGAGCUGUUAUAGCCUAGGGGCAGGCUGGUAGCACCCGCAAGGUGUCUUGGCUGGAGAAGACUUCUGAGCAGCUUACUUGACUUUUGUCAUCAGAAAGCCUCGGAGGCCUUUUUAAAUUUUUGGUGGGAGCCUGGGGGGGGAAGAAACAUAAAAUGCCACUUUAUAACUCCAGUAAUAGCCUGUAAUUUAUAUUUAUUGUGUGAAUUUGUAGUCCUAUAUUUUACUAUUUGUAAAUCGAUCUUAUUCCAAGAAUCCUUUGAACUUGCAGGAGAACAUCUGGGAGUCCAUUCCCCUGUCCCCAUCCUGACCCCUGCAUUCUGGACUGUUUAAUCCACCUUGGGAUGGAUCAAAGAGUCUAGAGAGAAACUUGUAGGUCCAGCUCCUGGCCUCCUGACUCUCUUCACUGGAAUUGGGACAUUAGCUCCAGCUCUAGCUGUGAACAUGACCAGAGACAUUAUUUAUAAUUCAGCCAUUUAAGAUAUACUUGUACUCAAAAAGUCUUGUAUAUUUUUUAAAAGUUUUAUUUUUCAGGUGAACAAAAAUACAUUCUAAGAACUCUG